AUUGUGGGUACCCAGCAAGAAAUCUGGCAGGAAAAUGUGACGUCGGUCACUGUGUAUUAGCACUGACGACGGCGCUUUUCCUCAGCUUAAAACUGUGUAUCUAACACCGCGUGUAUGUGUUCGUAGUUUUUCCAAAAAAAUUCAAUUUCCUUCUAAAGUUCUACGCUUAAUCCACGUCUUUGUUAUGUAAUUUUCAAUCGGCACUCAUGUUCUGUUGGAAAAUGUUAUUUUUACUGAUUGUGACUGAAGACUAUUCUUUGAAAGUGAAAAGUCUAGUGUAUUUUUGAUUAACCUACAAGAAUAACCUGUGAAUAUUUCUAGUCAGACAUAAUGCAUCAUGCAUAUCCUUCCGUACGUGGUGAUCCCCUUUGUCCUUUAGGAUUUCAUCCACAAGUAAGAUGGCCCACAAGAUGUAAACGAUGUUUUAGGGACUACAAAGAACAUGGCGGAAAGAAAAGAGAAAGCGAAUCAAAUCUGCACAAAGAUGCAUCCACUGUUUCUACACCUAGUUUAUCAUGGAGUACUAGAGAUGGUGAGACCAAAAACAGAAGUUGGAUGUCUAGUACAAAUCUAUCCACAAUUGAAAAUAGUCACAAUGAUAGUAAUAGUUUUAAUUAUCCAUCAUCGUGGAUAUCCACUCCAGAUUUAGCCAAUAUGCAAGAUGAUGCACAACCAAUCACAACAGUUAGCAUAUCAUUGCCAAAGAGAAAAAUAAAACCUUUAGAUACCGGCCAGCGAACAGUUUCAGACAGUUUUUCUUUGCAAAAAGAAAAGCCAUCAUCUUUGUUUAGCAAAAACGACAGUCUAGCAACUAGGGCGAAUAAACUAAAAGCAAUCAAAGAAUCUUCACCUAGUACACAACGAGGAAAUAGAAUCCAAAUAAAAGAAGUUAAGACUAUUUCGGAGGAACCUACAAAUCAUGAUGUACAAUUUCUCAUUCAAGUGAAAACGAAACAAAAUGUGGAGCCUCCACAAGAUAAUUCCGACAAUGACGAUGCAGUAAGUCUAGCUGGUACUGAAACUACGGACACAACGCUUGUAGAUGUACAAGAAAACGAACUGAGGGAACAAUUGGAGAGUCUCAAGAAAGAACUAGAAACAACAAAAUCCAAAUGCGAUAGGCUAGAAAGAGAAAAAAGUGACAUUCUUCUCAGGAGGCUAGCGGCUAUGGAAACAACCACCAGCAAAACAAGCGCUUCUGAAGUUCUAAAGCUACAACAGAAAUGUAACGAAUUUCAACAGCAGUUGGAAGAUUAUAGAGAUGAAAAGAAAAGUCUGAGUUUAAAGGUAAGAGAAUUAGAAAGUGAUUUGGAUAACAGGCCAACGGCGCAGGAGGCUCAGAAAGUAGCAGACGAUCUACGAUCGAAACUACUGGCUGCCGAAACUUUGUGUGAGGAAUUAAUGGACGAGAAUGAGGAUAUUAAGAAAGAACUGAGAGAUAUGGAGGAACAAAUGGAUGAGUUGCAAGAUAAUUUUAGGGAGGACCAAGCAGUAGAAUAUACAUCUUUAAAAAAAGAUCUAGAUCAAACAACGAAAAAUUGUCGAAUACUAUCAUUCAAACUAAGAAAAUCAGAAAGGAAGGCAGCACAAUUAGAAUUUGAAAAAGCAGAGUUAGACAAGAAAAUGAAGGAUAUAUCAGGAAGCGGUUCAACAGUUACGCAAAUAGAAAAAAUUAAACAGUUGGAACAAGACCUGAAGGUAUCAAAUGAAGUCUCUGUUCGCUUGCAGAAAGAAUUAGAUGAAGCUAAAACAAAAAUUUCCAAAGUAGAGGAUACCAAGGGAUUAGGCAAUAAAAAGGCACCAUUACUAGGAAGCAUUGCCAAGAACCCUUCUUUAGAUGGAAAAGUAUCCCGCGAGUCACUUACCAGAGGAGGUUCCCAGGACGACCCAGUCCAACUCCUUCGGGAUCUUCAAGAUUCGCUGGAGAGAGAAGCAGAUUUAAGAGAACAAUUGAAAUUUGCUGAAGAAGAGGCUCAAACAUUACGUAAAAAAGUAUCCCGGAUUGAAGACGACAAUGAAUCGCUAGUCCUACAAUUAAAGAAAAUGGCCACAAGAGCAAGAACCCGAAAAUUAAGUCCUACCAACUUGAAACUAACCCCAGAACCACAAGAAAAAUCUGACAUAUCCGAAGAAGACGACCCAACAGAGAUAAAACUGCAACUGGAGUUAAGUGAGCAGGAAGCUUCCGUUCUUCGACACAAAGUCGAAGAACUUGAAGGAGACAAUCACCGACUAAAAGCCAAAAUUAAAGAAUUACAAGAAAAAGCCCCAUCCAAAAUUACCACAAAACGUACACUAUUGACUAGCGAAAAGGUUAAAGAAAAUUCACUAUUGAAUCAGAAACUUAAGGUUUUGGAGGAUGAAACAAAUGACAUAAGGAAGAAACUCAUCGAGAAAGAAAGAGACUGUGAACGUCUCCAUGCCGAACUAAGUCUGACACAAAAGAGAUCCAAGGGCAUGCAGAAAAGCAAAUCUUUGGAUCUUGAUCAACAAACUUUGGAUCUUCGUAGGCAACUGCAAGUAAUCGAACAAGAAGCAACUGUGUUAAGGAAUAAGGUCCAAACUUUGGAAGUAGAAAAUGAAAAACUUGGUAACGAAAAUAAAAAACUAGGAUUGAAAACUGCCGUCAAAGGUAUUAAAUCUGACAAGAAUCUUGACAAAUAUAUCGACCAAAUAGCAACACUGGAAGUGGAAAUAUCUGAAAAGAAUGACAAAAUUAAAGAUUUGGAAGAUUUACUAAACAAAUCUGAUAAAAGAGACUCUGUUUUAAUAAAGGGUGAUUUUAAGAAAUUUAGUCAAAGAACCCCUAAGAAAAUUUCUGCUCUGACUUCCAAGGACCAAAUGAAGACCAUGGUCAGCGAUUUAGAAAAAGAAAUAGGAGAAAUUCUUCAAGUACUGAAAACUAAUGAAAACGAAAAAAUUAAAUUGGAAGAAGAAGUUAAUUCCAAGGUAAAGAAAUCUACCACGGAAUUAGAAGAACUGAACAAAAAAGUUAAUUCGUUGGUAAAAGAACGCGACGAAGAAAGACUAAAAGCUAGUAAAAUCAAUGUGGAAAAGGAAGAAUUAAAUAAAACAAUAAGUAAAUUGAAAGAUUCUGUUGAUAAAGCUUCGAACGAAAAAUCUAAUUUACAAACUGAAGUAGAUAAGCUAGUUAAAGACAAACUAAAAUUAAAUAAUGACAAGAAAUCUUUAGACGAAGAAAUAUCCAAGCUACAAGCUACUCUAAUAUUUCAUCUUUUAGAAUCAUCGGCUGCCAGGCAGAGUGAGAUAACUAGUCUUACCCAAAAAGCGAAUUCUCUGGAACAGUCCCUAGAGACAAAGGACAAAGAAAUUAAGAAACUUAAAGAUGAUUACAAUAAAGUCACAAGUGAGAUAGAAAAAGAAAGAGCGAAAUUGAAAACAUUAGAAAAUGACCAACUGAAAUGGGAAGAAGAGAAGAAGAAAUUGAAUCGCAAAAUUGAAACAUUAACAACCAAAAUCAAUGGUUUGGAAUCUACUAUUCAACAAAAAGAUAAAUUAGUCAAACAACUGGAAACUAGUCUAGAGAGAGAAAAGGAACUGGUAACCAAGGCCAACAGAAGAGGAGGAGAACUUGAAAGCAAAGAAAUCAAUAAACUCAAAGAAGAAUUGGAGAGUUCAAGCAAGUCCAAUAAGAGCUUAGAAGAAAAGCUAGCCAAGAGUCAAUUAGAAAAUAAAAAUGGAAAGCUGGAGAACGAAAAGAAAAUUAAACAAAUGGAAAUUGAUCUACAAAAUGAAAGAAAAAAACUUGAAGUCCUUAAGACUAACAACGAGAAAGAACAGAGGAAUAGAGAACUGGAGCUAACAGCAUUAAGGGAGAAAAUCAGAAAACUGGAAUUAAACACAUCUAGCUCACCCGAAAUUACAACCCUGCAAAAAUCGAUUGCGGACUUGGAAACUAAAAUUACUAAGGAAGUAAGAAAGUAUGAUGAACUGACGGCUAAAUAUGAAAUAUUAGAAGAGGAACAUGUUAUUACUAAAGCAAAAUUAGUAAUGGAGAAAGAAACAUUAGAAUCCCAAUACAGAAAUCUAAAACGUGAAAUGGAACAACUAGAAAACGAGAUAAAAACUCUAAGAGAUGCUUUUAAUACCAAACAAGAUAUUUGGAUAAAAGAAAAAUUAGAUUUAGAAUCAAAACUUAAAGCAAGACCACUUUCAGGAAGUGGUGAUUCUGAUAGGCAAAGACUGAAAGCUCUACUUGAAGAGAAGCAAUCAGAAUAUGAUCAAAUUAAAAAAGAGUAUGACGCUAUCCACGAACAAAUGGAUUACAUGAGGAAAGAAAACGACGAACUAAAGAGAAAAUUGGAUGACUAUGACAAGGUUAACAAAAUUCAAAGAAAUAUUAAUGCAGACAGUAAUGCAAUGGAAAAAGAAAUCAAACAGUUGAGGAUAAAAUUAAACAAUCUCGAGAAAAGUAAAAAAUCUGAUCUCGCCGAACUGAAGAUGAGAUACGAAAGCCAAAUCAAUGUGGUAAAUGGUGAAUUACAAUCUCUUCAGAAUCAAGUUAUUAGAUUUAAAAGAGAAAAAGACACCUAUAAACACAUGCUAGAAACAGCUCAAAAAACUAUUGGAGAUCUCAAACAAUCCCCUAAGUUAUCCAGAGAUGGACCUAAAAACCUUAAUUAUGAUGAGCUGGAAGACUCAAAAUCCAGAGUAGCAAGCCUUGAAGAACAAAUAAGUUGUAUGGAAGACGAACUUUCAGAAGCAAGGCUAGAAUGUUCAAGACUUAAAACUGAGUUAGUUUCUGAACGUUCAUCCUUCGAAGUAAAAUUAUCAGAAAUGCAUUCCAAAGUAAAUGAAUUAGAAGAAGAAAAGGUGUUGAGUAGCGGUAGGACCAAAAUAGUAGGUUUACGAACGAGAAUGGAGCUAGCAUGGCAAAAAGAAAGAGAAGAGCAGCAAAGGCUGCUUCAAGAAACGGCAACGCUUGCAAGAGACCUGCGACAAACGUUAUUUGAAGUAGAAAGGGAAAGGGAUAAAGAAAGGCUAGAAGCUAAGCGUAAGCAAGACCAAUUAAAGAAAACUUCUGAUGAAGAUCAAGAUGAAAACAAAAAGAAGAUUACAGAGUUGCAAUGUGAUCUUUUGGAACUUAGAGACGCCCAUGCUAAGUUGAGAACUACGAAUGAGAAGCUUAGAAGAGAAAGAGAAAGGUAUGAAAAAGAAAGGGAGGAGCACAGAUCAAUAAUGCAUGGCAAAAAACGUGUUGAUUUGGAAGAUGAUCGAAAAAUAAAUGCUUUGGUUGAGCAAAUGGAUACAUUAAAACAAUUAGCACCAGAACUUUUCUUCUCUCGCGAAAGUGAAGCUCCAUAUACCCCCACACCUCCAAGAAGGACUAAAUCUAAAUCAAGAGAAAGUUCUCCAGCUCUAGAAAGAAGGGAAACGUCUAUGGGUCCUGAAGAAAAACAACAACAAAUUCAGUAUAUAAUGCAAAGGCUUGUACACACAACCGAAGACCUAAGAAGACUGCAACGAUUCUCUGAAGAGGAUGCAGAAAGAGAACGCGUUAGAAGAUCCAUGGGCAUUAGAAGAGCUACUUCAACGGAGCAUGAAUCGGUAAUUUUCCGAAACAAGACACCCCAGAUAAGAAAAAGCUCAGCGUUUUCCACAGGCAGCUUAAAACGUAAAAGUAUUUCCCUGGAACAUACUAUUCAAACCGAACAAAGUAUUUGGACCAAUGAUAACAGCAUGUCAAGCUUGAAUUCGCUUGAACUGCAUUCUGAUAUAGAGACGAGUAAAACGAGAAGAGAUGCAAGCUUGGAUAGCAGGUUAUCUAGUGGGUCCACGCAAAGUGAAUUAGGCGACAAAAAGAAAAAGAAAGGAAUCAUUGGAAAGCUUAAAAAACUAACUAAAUCUAGAAGUAUCGACGAUAAAGAUCCAGAUAAUUUUUCGCCAAUGAGGCCGCUCUCUACAAAGACUGCUUCUGGUGAGAGCGUUGAAGAUACCAAAGGGAGUAAGAAAGACUUAAAAGAAAGAAUAACUGGUAUAUUUAAAAAGGCUGGUUCAUCAUCAAGGAGCAACAGCGUUGAACGAGGCAUUGAGAGGAAACAUGAGACGAGCUCAACACAAAGGCCUUUGGUAAGAAAUGGAAGCAAUGGUCAUAUAACUGCAUCAAGUGAUACAGAGAGCUCGAAGUCAAAAUCAAGAAGAAGCUAAUGGCAACAACUAAUAUAUAUUAAGAUAAGAAUGUCAUAAUCGUAAUAAGUGGUAAAUAGGUGUACGUGGAGUAUUAGAAAAUGUUCUGUUUUCUGAAAAAUUGGUCCAUGUUUGUAUGUCAAAUAAAGAAGUAUUUAUACACAGAAUAA